GUCCCGGGAAGGUCCUUUCGGCCGUCUUGAGACGGCGGGGGUCACGUGACCCGGUUCAAGAUGGCGGCCCCCAUGCUGCUCCGGCAAAGCAAACGUUUGACCUCCUUAUAUGACAGCUGUCAGUUUAGCAGCACUUCCGAGCGUCUUUCUUCAAACCCCCAGAAAGGUGGGAUAUUUCAGUACCUGUCCAGCCGCUUCUACGACAUUGAAACCUUCGUCGAAAUCGGCUGGAAGUUAAAGAGAUGGAAAAUGGAAAAAGAAAACAAGUAUGCUGCUAAACUACACCAGAAUUAUGGCAGCGAUAUUGGAGCAGCCGUCUUUGUCCUGAAGCUGCAAGGAGCCAUUCGUUUCCAGGACCAAAUGGAUUGGUAUCGCGUGAAAAAUCCAAGAAAGGAAGAAAGCAUCAAUUUUCUAGAUUAUAGCGGGAAACCCUUGGAAGCCAUUGAUCUCAGCGGCUCCUUCCUCAGUUACGUCGGCCUGGAAAACUUCGUGAACCUCAAAGGUCUGAAGCAUCUGGACUUGAGCAGAUGUCCCCUCGUCGAUGACUGGUGCCUGAACCGGCUACACCCCUUCGGGGACACCCUGCAAACUUUGUCUUUGGCCGGCUGUCCUCAGAUCACGGAAGGAGGACUGCCAUGUCUCCACCACUUCGAGAAUUUGGAACGCUUGGAUGUGUCCAACCUCCCUUCUGUUUCUCAUCCCCUGUUAAUUCGGAUUCUGCUGGAAGAAAUGCUGCCCCAGUGUUACAUUGUCGGGAUGGACGGCCAGGAGGACGCGGACUCUCCCACCGAACGAGAAAAAGAGCGGAUUUUCCCGACGCCCAGCCAGAUCUCCACUUGAACCAGAAUGGACAAAACCGAAACAAUUCUUUAAACUUUAGUGUCCCUGCCCCGCACGCCUUUGAUAGACACACACACACCCCGACACCGUUGUUUUUAAAGCCGACGCUUGUUGGCCAAGCUCGUUGUGUGGAUUGUACGAGUCGAAGUCGGAACAACUGACGUUGUCGGCACCAUGUGAAGGAAAUUCUAAAAGACGCUAAUUAGUUCAUUAUUUUUUUAAAUGGCAGCUGGAUAAUAAAUAGGGUCUCCCCUAUUUAGGUGGCGAGUUAACACUGAAGAGUCUCCUUUCCCACUUUUUGAAAGCGGUGACUUGAAUAGAUCACUUUUCCCCAAAAAAAAAAAAAUGAAAAUGUUGAACGAUUCCCAAAGUAUCUUAUUACCAAAUGGGCUGAAUUGAGUUUCGGACAUCGAAUAGCUAGAGAGACAAGAGACGAGAAAAAUGUCCUCGAAGACGGUGGAUCGUCACUUUUGGAUUUGUGUGGUUGUUAUAGAUCUCUCCCUUUUGAGCUGUGCGCUCUCUUCUCCCCCAUUCUAGAGGAAGAGCCAAGUGUCCUCAUCCCUUAUUUUUAACCUACCUGCAUCUCCUCCCGCCUGCCCAGGUCACAGUCCUUUUUAACGCCUCCUUUGGUUCUGAAAUAGAGGUGUUAAAAUUGUAGGUGGUUAAAUUGUGUAAUGAGCACAUGGCUUCUCUGGCACACGCCUUGCCUUAGACUGCCAGAUGCCUUGUGAGACCUCGGUUCCUUCUUUCCUUCCUCCCUCCCUCCUAUUUCCAUCUCCGUCCCUUCCUUCCUUCUUCUCUUCCUUCUAAUUUCUUCCUUCCUUCUUUCCUCCUUUCCUUUCUUCCCUCUCCUCCCGCCCUCCCUCCUAUUUCCAUCUCCAUCCCUUCCUUCCUUCUUCUCUUCCUCCUUUCUUUCUUCCUUCCUUCCUCCUUUCCUUUCUUCCCUCUCCUCCCUCCCUCCUUCCCUCCCUCCUGUUUCCAUCUCCAUCCCUUCCUUCCUUCCUUCUCUUCCUCCUUCCUUCCUUCCUUCCUCCUUUCCUUUCUUCCUUCUCCCUCCCUCCUUCCCUCCCUCCUAUUUCCAUCUCCAUCCCAAACAGACUUUGAUUUGUGACCUUCCUUCCUUGCUGCCCAUUCUUGUUCUCCUUCCUUCCUUCCUUCUUUUCUUCCUCCUAAUUUCUUCCUUCCUUCCCCUACCUACCUUUCUCCUUUCCCUUCCUCCCUCCCUCCUAUUUCCAUUUCCAUCCAUCCAUCCAUCCCUUCCUUCCUUCAUUCUUCUCUUCUUCCUUAUUCUCCUUUCUUCCUCCCUCUUCCCUGUCCUUCCUCCUUUCCCUUCUUCCCUCUCUCCCUCCCUCCCUUUGUUUGUUCCUUCCUUCCUUCCUUCCUUUCUCUCUCUUUCUCUCUCUCUCUCUUUCUUUCUCUUAUUAAAAAUACUUAGCAGGCCUCCUGCGAUUUGACAGCUGA